AUGCUGAACUCCACUUCUUCAGCUCUGGUUUAUUUCAUUCUCGGAGCGUAUGUGGACGUUGGAAGAUGGCGGUACUUGUGCUUCCUGAUAACUGCAGUGUUAUACUUGAUCAUUGUUGGAGUCAACGUCCUGCUGAUCGCGGUGAUCUGUGUGAACCGGAGCUUGCGUGAACCCAUGUACCUGUUCCUCUGCAGCCUGCUGGUGAAUGAACUGUACGGCAGCUCAGGCUUGUUUCCCUUCCUGCUGGUCCAGAUCCUCUCUGACGUUCACAUCGUUUCAGCGCCGCUCUGCUUCCUGCAGAUCUUCUGUCUUUAUUCUUAUGUACAUGUUGAGUUUUGUAAUUUAGCCGUCAUGUCUUAUGACCGAUACCUGGCUAUCUGCUGUCCUCUCCAGUACUACGCCGUGAUGACGCCUCAGAAAGUAGCAGUAGUGAUCAUUCUGACCUGGCUGUACUGCUUUGUGAAGUUUCUCAUCACUUUGUUGCUGACCAUCCGUCUGACUCUGUGUGGAAACGUGUUGAACAGCACGUUUUGCCGUAACUACCUGGUUGUGAACUUGGCGUGUUCUGACACCAGCGUGAACAACAUUUACGGACUGUUUGGUACUGCAAUCACAGUUCUGGUCCCGCUGCUGCCCAUCCUUUAUUCCUACACUAACAUCCUCAGAGUCGUUCUGUCCGGAUCCAAACGGACCAGGCGGAAAGCCGUCAACACCUGCAUGCCUCACCUGGCUUCACUGCUCAACUUCUCCUUCGGCUGUUUGUUUGAAAGCCUUCAGAGCAGAUUCAACCUGGUCUCCAUCCCCAACGGGCUGCAGAUUGUCAUGUCUCUGUACUUUGCGAUUCUUCAGUCUCUUCUCAAUCCCAUCAUGUAUGGAAUGAACCUGACAAAAAUCAGAAAUGCAUGUAAACAGCUGCUAUGUAACAGUUAA